AUGACGACGACGACGAACUACUCGUGGUAUCGAUGGUGUCCCCGUCCUACUCGUCGUUCUCGUUUUCGCUCUUUUUCGUCACACAGUUCGAGAAGCAGACGCGACGCGACCUUCACCGAAGAAGGGAAGAAGAAGAAGAAGAAUGAAUUCGCUUCGGGGAUUAAGCCGCCAGUGCAGUCAAGUUCAUCGUCAUCGUCGACGGGAGGAGAGAGAAGGAAGAAGAAGACAAAAGAAACACGCUUCUCAGAAAACGAGGAGGAGGAUAAAAAGAGCACAAACGGAUGGCGAAUAUUCGACGUCCACAUCGACGCUUCGGAGGAUGUCGGUAAAGACGAUUUCUCGAUUUCUAAACCAAUACUCGAGCGAGUCUGUAAAGUCUUACAUCUUGACAUCGAGGACGAUAUCGAGCGAAAGAUGAAGAAAACGAGCAUUGAAACUAUCCUCCAACGAAACGACGACUAUAUGAUGAAGCAACGGAUACGAGUGGCGAGGAAAUCGUGCGACGCUAGAGGAGGAGGAGGAGGCGCGCGCAGAACGAAGACGAAGAACGCUAACGACCACCAUGAAGAAGAAGAUGAAGAUGAUGAUGAUAAACACCGCGUGCAGUUUUCGUACGUGAUUGAUGUUUCGGACGAGUUCGUGGAGAUGUGCGGCGGGUCUGCGAAAAGAGUGCGCGCGGAGAGGAAGAAAGUGGAACGGACGAAGAUGGAGGAGAAGGAGGAGGAGAAGGUCGACGUAAACGGGUUUAGUAGAGAUGAUGAGUUCAAGGAGGAGAAGAACAAGAACAAAAAAAGAACGGUCGUUAUCGUCGGUUUAGGUCCCGCGGGGUUGUUUUGCGCGUUGACGUUGGCGAGACUGAGCGCGGACACGAAAGUAGUCAUCUUAGAGCGAGGCGAACCGGUCGAGAGACGAGGAAAAGCCAUCGGCGCUUUGUUCCACAGGAGACGGUUAUCGGAGACCUCGAAUUUGUGUUACGGCGAAGGCGGUGCCGGGACGUGGAGCGACGGGAAACUCACGACGAGGAUUGGUAGAAACGGCGAGGAAGUGAAAGACGUGUUUAAAACGUUCGUGGAAUUUGGCGCGCCGCCGGAGAUUUUGCAAAUGGGGAAGCCGCAUCUAGGAACGGACCGAAUGGUGAAGAUUUUACGAAACGCGAGGUACGAAUUGGAAAAGAUGGGGUGCGAGAUUAUGUUUGACGAGACGUGCCGGACAGUUAUGGUGGAAGAUAACAAGGCAGUGGGUGUGACGACAGAGUCGGGGAAAACGAUUCACGCCGAAGCGGUGGUUUUAGCCACCGGUCACUCGUCGAGAGCUUUGUUCGAACAACUCUCCAACGACGGCGUAUUACUCGAAUUUCAAUCAUUCGCGAGUGGUUUUCGUAUCGAACACCCGCAGGAAUUGUUAAACGAGUUACAAUACGGGGAACGGUUCGCAAAAGAAGUCGAACGAGGGAAAGGGCGCAUUCCCGUCGCCGAUUACAGAGUCGCGCAUACGAACAAAGAGGACAAUCGAGGCGUGUUUUCGUUUUGUAUGUGUCCCGGAGGUCAAAUCGUUCCGACGUCGACAAAUGUGCACGAGUUAUGCAUUAACGGCAUGUCAUUCAGUCGCCGUCAGUCGCUUUGGGCGAAUUCUGGGUUAGUCACGAACGUCAAGUUGGAAGAUUGCGCGCCGUUCAACGACGAACACGAAACGAAGCCGCAUUUGAGCGGCAUUCUAUUUCAACAGGACAUCGAACGGAAAGCGGCUGUUUUAGGUGGCGGCGAUUUAACGGUACCCGUACAAACCGCUCACGAUUUCUUGCUCGGCGUUGUUUCGGACGAGAAAUCCUUGCCGAGCUCCUCGUACCGUCUCGGCAUUAAAUCUGCCGAUUUGACGACGCUAUACCCGCAACAUCUCACCGAAGCUAUUCAGUUUGCGUUGAAAAAAUUCGAUAAACAAAUGCCCGGAUACGCGGGAAAGGAAGCAUUGAUACACGCCCCAGAAACGCGAACGAGUAGUCCCGUGCGCAUAGUUCGCAACUCGGAAUCGUUAGAGAGCGAAAACACGGAAAAUUUAUUCCCAAUUGGCGAAGGCGCGGGGUAUGCUGGCGGAAUCGUCAGCGCCGCUGUCGAUGGCAUGUGCGCGAGUAAGAAAGUGUUGGCGAAGUUACUAAAAGUCGUUUGA